CGCGGCCCCGGGGCCUGUGCCCGAGGGGCUGAUCCGGCUCUACAGCAUGCGGUUCUGCCCCUACGUCCAGCGGACGCGCCUCGUCCUCCGCGCCAAGGGCAUCAGUCAUGAAGUAAUCAACAUCAAUCUGAAGAGCAAGCCAGACUGGUUCUUUGAGAAGAAUCCCCUUGGGCUGGUUCCUGUUCUGGAGACCAGUAAGGGCCAGCUGAUCUGUGAGUCUGCAAUCACUUGUGAAUAUUUGGAUGAAGCAUUUCCAGGGAAGAAUUUGAUGCCUUCGGACCCAUACGAGCGAGCCUAUCAGAGGAUGCUGUUGGAACAGUUCUCAAAGCUACCACCCAUACUUUUCAAGCAUUUUCUGGCAGUCAAAGAUGGACAGGACGCCACAGCACUGAAGGCAGAGAUUACUGAAAAGCUUGGCAAACUAGAAGAGGUUCUGUGCAAACGCAACACUGUGUUUUAUGGGGGGGACUCGAUCACCAUGAUUGACUACUGGAUCUGGCCGUGGUUUGAACGUCUGGAACUGUUCAACCUGAAAGACUCUCUGAGUCACACCCCAAAGCUCAAACGUUGGAUGGAGGCCAUGAAGGAGGACCCUUCAGUCAAGGCUACAAUGACUGACCCACAGAUACUCAAGGAGUUCCUCCGGCUUUAUUUGAACAACAGCCUUGAGGCAUGUGAUUAUGGGCUCUGAGGUGCCAGUAGGCACAUAUUUGCUUAAGUGCUUCUUUUCAGUGUGAGCUAUGGGGGUCUAGUGUAAUUUGGUGUGGGCUCUUCAGUGGUUGUUUCACAAUGGGGAAUAAAUAUGCUGAAAAGGCGAAGAAAUUUCCUGUGAGCUCCACUCAAGUGAUUGCUGGCCAUGUAUGUGACAUGAAGAGCUUUACUCAGAGGUGAUGCUCUAUUUUCUCUGGCCUCUUUGCAGGCACUGCUUGUGAUCAGUCCCCAAACUGACCUUGUUACUUGGUUUAAAAAUUGUAACACUGAUGCCUUGAAAAUAAAUAAAAUGCAAACAAUCUUGUCUUUA